AACUUUUCUGGUAGAAGUUGACGUACAAUCAUGGCAUUUUCCUCCGAUUUUUCCACCUUUGUCACUCUAAAUUCUAUUUACAAUUGAUCAGAAUGAAAGAUUAUACAGCCAAGACCAUUUUGGUCUUGGCGAUUGUUGUGAUAUUUGUCCUGGAUCACCCAGCAAACGGGAUGACAAGAACCGAAAAGAAGGAGCUGAAGGCAAGGGUGCUGGAAAUGUUCCACCAUGCCUACAAGAGCUACAUGGACAAUGCCUAUCCAGCCGAUGAGUUAAUGCCGAUCAGUUGUAAGGGGCGCUAUCGUGGCUCAGAGUCGUCCAGAGGCGACAUUGAUGACGCUCUUGGAAAUUUUUCCCUUACUUUAAUCGACUCCCUGGACUCGCUGGUGAUUCUCGGGGAACAUGAAGAGUUUGACAAGGCCGUGAGGUACCUCAUCCGAGAUGUCAAGUUCGACAGCGACAUCAUUGUGUCUGUGUUUGAAACAAACAUCAGGAUUGUAGGGGGUUUACUCGGGGGUCAUGUAAUGGCACGCUUCCUAAAACAGAAGAAAAUCGGGAUGGACUGGUAUGCUGACGAGUUGCUCAAUAUGGCUAAGGAAGUCGGUUAUCGUCUUCUCCCAGCAUUCAACACCACGACUGGUAUUCCGUAUCCAAGGGUGAAUUUGCGACACGGUAUCACAGAGUCGAUCUUGAGUGCUGGCAAGGGUCAAGACACCUGUACAGCAUGUGCUGGCACAAUUAUCUUAGAAUUUGCUGCACUCAGCCGGAUGACGGGUAUUCAAGUAUUUGAGGAAAAAGCCAAGAAAGCAUUAUCUUAUCUCUGGCAGCAGCGCCAUCGCUCGAGUGAUCUGAUGGGGUCCGUCAUCAACAUCCACAACGGCGACUGGGUUCGUCGGGAGAGUGGCGUAGGUGCGGGAAUCGAUUCGUAUUACGAAUAUCUGUUGAAGGCGUACAUUUUAUUGGGGGACGAAACUUAUCUGGAUAGGUUUAAUAAGCAUUAUGAUGCUGUAAUGAGAUACAUCAGUCAGGGUCCGCUGCUCGUCGACGUCCACAUGCAUCGGCCGAACACCAACUCCAGAAACUUCAUGGACUCGUUACUGGCAUUCUGGCCUGGUCUCCAAGUUCUGAAGGGCGACAUCAAGCCGGCUAUAGAGAUUCACGAGAUGCUAUAUCAGGUGGUCCAGCGCCACAACUUCUUGCCAGAGGCAUUCACAACUGACUUCCGUGUCCACUGGGCUCAUCAUCCUCUCAGGCCAGAGUUCUUGGAGUCAACUUACUUCCUUUUUAAGGCGACAGGUGAUCCUCAUUAUCUCGAGGUUGGUAAGAACGUACUCAACAACCUCGACACACACGCCAGGGUGGCGUGUGGCUUUGCCUCAAUACGGGACGUCACCACGGGACAUCAUGACGAUCAGAUGGACUCGUAUGUGCUCGCCGAAACGUUUAAGUAUCUCUACCUGCUCUUUGCCGAAAAGGAAGACGUGAUUCUAGACAUCGAUGACUACGUAUUUACCACAGAGGCCCAUCUUCUACCUCUAACACUCUCUAUGCACAAUUAUUCUGCUAAUUCUACCAAGGAACCGGCAACAACAAAUGCAGCCAUGUUUGAAGACGACAGUAACUUUGAAAGAUCUUGCCCGAGCACGCAGAUGUUAUUCCCAGGAAGUUUGCACUAUGCUCAGCUAAUCAGGAACCCGCUCAAAGACUUUGUGGAGAAACUUUGUCCAAAGCCCCGAAAGUCCCCAGAUCAGCUUUAUGAAGACAGGAUUAAGAGUCAGCCCACCAUCAUACCACUUAAAAAACCUAAAUCUGCCCGUGUCUCACGUCUCCGCGCUCACGAUUUCAUCGCUGGCAACAAGGCCCAGUUGGAUGACUUGAAACGUAUGGGGAUCAGGAUAAUCACAAUGAAAGAUGGCCGUGUCCAGCUUCUUCAUACAGCGGCUGAUGCAGUGUCUGUAGAAGACGGAGAGGAUGGGUUGUUGUUUAUGCAGGAAAUGAUUGAGAUUUCGAAGACACAGGCGCAGCCUCAAGCACAACAAGAACCUCGCUCAGUGCAGUUAAUCAGCCCCCCGUUUUUCGGUGGCAUUCAUCUCUCCGCGGGGCCUGCCCAGUUUGGUAUGGAGCUGAUGAACUCUGAGGGCGUGAUCGGGCAGGUCGUGGUCGGUGAUCCUUAUAGCGGUUGUGGAGAGUUUGUCAACGCCGCAGAUGUGAAGGGAAAGAUUGUCGUCGUUGAGCGGGGAAUGUGUCUAUUCAUAGACAAGGCAAGAAAGAUCCAAGAACAUGGUGGUAUAGGGGGCAUUGUUGUUGACAAUAACCCAGACAGCAGCAGUACCGCAUCAUUACUCUUCGCCAUGUCAGGCGACGGGAAACAUGACAUCACUAUCCCGAUGGUCUUCCUGUUCACAGCAGAGGGGCGCAAGCUCCAUGAAGCCAUCAAGCAGACACCCGUUCUGCAAGUGUUGCUAUCGCAUCAUCCUAAACCACAAGAAACUGUUGUCAAGGAACUGUUAGGCAAGCAAUCGCGUCGCUCUCACAUUCCUCAGGAGUCUCAGGUCAAGGUCGAAUCUGUUCCCGAAUCCUCGACGAAGGAGACGGAAUCUCAAACCUCGGGCGAACGUGUCACAACGAUCAAUCUUGGCGGGGUGCAGAUCAAGAUCAAGACGGUCGGGGACGGACGUGAAAUCAAGGAGAAGGAAAUCGAACCAAGUGAUGACAAAAGUAUUCUGCGGAUUAAAAAGACGGAAAAUGACGACCACCAUGUUUAUGUCGAUUUGGAGAAAUUAAUGCGGACGUCGAAGGAUGCGAAUUUGGGCGAUUUGAGUAAAGAGUUGAUGGGGUUGUUGCAGGGGGAGGUGCUCGACAUGGGGGCGUAUAAUAACGAUUAUUUUAACGCCGUGAAGAGUAUGAUUGAAGCGGCGGUUGCGACCAUUACUAUUCCGAAGGUGUCCGACGGCCGGCAAGAGUCGUCUGCUACUAACGAUGAUGCUAAAUCGAGGCAGCAUUACGCGACGGAGAAGGAACUGCAGGAGGAUCGAGAAGUCCGGCCGGACGACGGCGGUGCGUGGGUUCGUGAAGCGAAAGACAAUCAGAAUCUAAAAGACGGGGAAUUCAUCGUAGAGAAUGGUGUCAUGUACAUUCCUCCGGGAGAAUCGGGGCAGGAUGCUACGCAGGAAGAAUCCGGUGAAACGCCGACGGAUACGGAUAGGGUAUCACCGAAUGAAAUGAUGCCAAAAGUUCCAGGGGUUGUUGGGGGGCGGGGAGCGCCUCGAGAUCAGGACGGUGCAAGUUCACAAACUGUAAACGAUCGGACUAGUGAUCAUGAACAACAUAUAGGUGGCGAUAGUGUAGAUAAUAGUAAUAAUUUAAAUUCAAGGACAGGAGAUUCGGGAGAUCAACGCUCAAAUGCCAAAGAUGAACUGUGAUAAAUAUUACUGCUGUCAAUGUCAUUAUGUCAUUCAUUCAUUGGGUCUGUUUAAUAAUAAAAUGUGGUUCCGGUACCCUCACCAAAAAUAUGGUAUGUAUGGUUAUUGGAUCCAUAGCUGGCAAGGUCUGCUGUGAAAUUUGUUUUAUUAGCGAGUCUAGUAUUUGUGUUCUGCAUGAAAAACAUUAGAAGUGUUAAACAAUGACUCAAAGUUUAGAUUGAAGGUUUCAUUUCAGAAUCUAUCCCAACAACUUUUGCAUGUGAAAUGUGAAAAUGAUGUCAUCGCGAACAAUUUUGGUGUCAAAAUGAUGCAAGAUGACAGUGUUUUCUCAGCAAUUUUGCAUUGCAAAAGAGAAAUGCAGAUUUUGAAGUACUGAGUUUGAAAAUUGUGGGCAAAAAUUAUGAUUGCGGCAAUCAUUGAAUGUUGCCAAAGUUUAAUUUUCAGGAAAACUAAAUCAGGUUCUUUGGGAAAACACAUAAGAAAAUUGUGUUUUCUCAGCAUUUAAUUUGGUAUUGCCGUGUUUGCAUGUCUCUGAGUAGAGUGCUUGAACAAGACAGCUCAAGUUGAUCUGUUUAUUUUGGGGGGGGGGGGGGGGGGGGCAAUACUCAGGAGGCCGACAGUUCUGACGCUUCUGAUUCAGAGCAUUGAAUGAUCUGGUGCAUAAACUGAUUAAGGCCUACUCCAUUUAUUCAGAGAUUUGAAAAAUGAACUGGAAGAUGACAUUUCUGAUUGUGUUAAUAUGUACUGAAGAUAAAUCCAGCAUAUGGCCGUUGUGUAGGCUGAUAUACAGUUACUGCCAAGUUGCAGCUUUGCAUGAAUGAAAACUUCGGCAUGGCAAUGUUUAUUUCUGUUUACCUGUGCCACCAGGAAGUACAGCGAAUAUAAAUGGCGUAGGCCUUUAAACUGUUGUUUGAAGAAGUUGCUUCCUAAUUUAUUGUGAGUAGGCCCUCAAGAUAGAAAUGUACACUUUUUGUUGUGAAGGGCUUCCUUUUAGAACUGAAGUAUAUCAUGUUGUUGGAGCACUGUCCAUUACAAUGUAAUGUAAGGUCGAGGAGAAAUAUUACUUCAUCUUCAUCUGUACGUGUAUGCAGUCUAGCAAGGAUCCCCAAACCAUAAGUUGUUGCCAAUUCAGUCAACAAGCUCCUCGAGGCAACCUGAUUCGACUAUGCCAAUUAGACGCUACAAUAGACCAGCCAGAUCAGAGAUUUUCACAAAAAUAGUACGAACUAGCUGUGCUGGCUGGUUCGUGGCCGAAUGUACAGCAAAACUAUUUUCAGAAAUGACACUGGUUAGGACAGCUGUCAGGAUCCCAGACGGGACAAUAGUCGAUUUGGUGGGUGUCUAGGUAGAAUGGCUCCUCUUGGCAACAAAACACCAUUUAGAGAUCCUUGCCUGUCUGGCAUGGACCUCAUGUUCUGCCGAAAUCUUUGUUGACAGCGUUUUGUUUAUAGAGAUGCUUUAAUUUUGCCUCUUAUCCUUGUUUUAUGAAUGCAUUUUUAUCGUUGGAGCGCGACUUCCAAAGUCCUGCUGAUUCCUGACCUUUAGUUUAGUGACUUCGCUUAUUAGGCGGCUGCUGAUAUCAUUGUUUGUUGUGGCAUGUGUAGGGGCCUCAAAAAUCCGUUUUUUUAAAAUCAUUCCUCCGUGAAUAAACGCUAAAAAUCCCCAAAACACCUCUAAAUCUGCUUUUUGAAUAUGAAAAACUCCAAAUUCGGUUUUUAGUAUGGACUAAUUCUGCAUUUUUGAAAAGGCAAAUUCUGUGUCGGGUUUCAAGUUGGUAGAUUUUCAGGGGGGGGGGGGGGUUGAUGUUGGUAGAGAUAUGCUGAUAUGUUAGCAGUUGCAUCAAAUGUUCGGUCAUCACCUAGUCUCCAGGGUCUGCUUGACUAUAUUCAGUAUUUUGUUUGUUGGCUGGUACCUGUUAUAGCAUUUCAAAUGCUUUUUCUUAGCACAAAAAGAAGAAACAAAUAGAAUUUAAUAAAGUCAAACUUCUCAAAUAGAGCCUGGGCUCUGCCCUAAUCAAACAAGAGAAUAACAUAUAAAUGGUAAUUUGGAAAUUUUUGAUUUUUUGUGUUCACUGACAUUAUAGUCCUGGUUGAGGAGUUCUGCUUUAUACCAUAGUUUGGCACUUUUCCAUGGUGUACCCACCUAAAGAGUACUAGUGUAUAAAACCCUGUGGUUUUUAAGGUGGAAUGCACUAAUAAUGGGACAAUCCAUACACAAUAGAGCCACUCUAUUAAAGACUCACUCGGGACUGACCAGUGUCUAAAUGAAAACAACCAAUUUGGGACUAAAACUAGUGUCCUUAAUAGAGAGGUUGUCCUCAAUAGAGAGGUUGUCCUCAAUAGAGAGGUUGUCCUUAAUAGAGAGGUUGUCCUCAAUAGAGAGGUUGUCCUCAAUAGAGAGGUUGUCCUCAAUAGAGAGGUUGUCCUUAAUAGAGAGGUUGUCCUUAAUAGAGAGGUUGUCCUUAAUAGAGAGGUUGUCCUUAAUAGAGAGGUUGUCCUUAAUAGAGAGGUUGUCCUUAAUAGAGAGGUUGUUCUUAAUAGAGACGUGUCCGCUAAGGGAGGUUCCAUUGUAUGUGGCCUGUUGCAGCAAGACCAGACUCCUAUGCAGUCAAUUUUGUCAUCCUGACUGCUUUCCUCUCUGUACCGGGCAACAAGAGGAGGCUGGUCCACUGCGUCCGAAGUGUUCAUGUAGGUUCAUAUGAUACUGGAGAUGAGCCGAGAUAAUGUGAUAAAUUGAUGUACCCCAAGUUCAUAAAAGGCAGGCAACAGUGAAAUGAACAAACGGUCUUAAAACCUGCCCAGUGCAGAGCAGCAUGCACCUGGUUUUGCUGUGAUGGGUCACAUGUUUUGUAUGCAAGGGGAAGUCUGAUAAUUGGCAAAUAUGCAAAUGCACAUUUUCCCUGUACAUGGCAGACUAUUUUUCCUUUCAGGUGGGGGGGGGGGUCUGAAAAUUAAGGUUUCGAUGCGUACACAUAGGGCCUACUUUAUAGAUGGUCCCCAUUACCUUUUGUUGAGAAAAAAUGAAACUUCUGUGUCUCCUCUUUUGAGGUUUCGGAAGCAGCAUCCACAUUUAUCAUGUAUCCAUAUCAAGUUGAUACUGUGACUCUAUACAUUUUUGUUGGCUGUGACCGCCAAAAGAUUUUUUUCAAAAUUUGCAAAAGUGAGAUUUGCCAAAAUGUUUUGGGUCAGAGUCUGCAGUUCUGAGGGUUUGGGACUAUAAUGAUGUAACUGCACUUCUAAGUACGCUUUUCAAAAAAUCUUGAUAAAAUAAAUUAUUCAAUAAAACA